CAAAACAGUGAUGUCGAGGAAGCCCUUAUUGUGUUGUAGAUUGUAUGCCUACUUCUUGUUCUUAUUAGGCAUGAUUGUUUUAUCUAUCCCGUCUUCCGAUCCUCUUUAGGACCAAGAAGCCUUUCGGUUUGUCACUAUCAGGCAGCGAAAAGUAGCAGAAGGUUGAAAAUAGAAAAUGCCGGCACCAAGGACGGGGCGAGAUUCUGUCGCUACAAAUGCGAGUCGAGGGACGGAGAACAAGAGAAAAAGUAAUUAGACUGAAUCGGAAAAUUUCCCUCCGAACAUCAACUUAUGAUUGCCCUUACCUUUCUCCAACGGUGCCACUACGUACACUUUUACUUUCUCUAGCUGUUCUUCGAGCAAAGAGAGCGAGAUCAUGUUCACCGUCUACAGGAACACCAGCCUCACCAGCCUCAUCCUCGUUCUCUACAUUUUUCAACGUUCAUAUGAUAUCAAUCCCAGGUACAACAACGCCAGCCUCGUCCAAGGAUGGUAAGACACCUUCCAAGGAUGGUAAGACACCAAGGGAGAGUACGAAGUCGACAGGAAGAAUUUCCACUGUAGCAACAGAGACCAAGGAGGCAGACUUGGUAAUACUGACUUCAUCGUUAGAACUUUUUGAUUUCAAUUUGGAGUUGUGCCGUGUAUCACUCAAUCGAUCAAUCACUCCCUCCCACUCACUUGCAGUAGUUGACCUAAUAAUCGUGAGGUACAAUGCAAACGUUGGCAUAGUAGUAGUUGCUACACGAUCAAACGCCUCCAACAUUACCCACUUAGGUACAACAUCUCCCACAUCACUUCCUAUCCAUCGCUGCCUAUCUACUCUAUGUUGGUGCCUGCACUAAGAAAAUAGCCGGUUUUUAUACUUUCUCUCGUUUUAUCACUCCCUUCAUGAUUAUACAUUGGUCCCUCCGUUUUCAGGUGAAGAAGCUAGGCAUACAAAAACCUGUGGCUUAUGGCGUCGUCGAUACGAAUAUCUCGAAUGCCCGAAGAUCUUCUAUGGCCGACCAGUAUAAGGAGGGGGAGCUAGAAACGGCAUUUGUGGAUAAGGUAUUUCUAAGUAAAGGAAAGAACACACAGUAGACUAAACGAGGACGUGCUCGCCAGAAGAUGAUCCCUAGUACCCGGAUGCGUAAAUAUCCAUGAUCCACCCUACCACCAUGAAUAUCUACAGAUAUUCUCGUGCCUUAUUUCUUUUGUUCCUACAACGUUUGUUCUCGUCCUUGCUGUUGCUUUCUUCGAAUUAAGCCUUUCGCUUAGUACACUACUACCUCUUCCACUGAAUUUCCUUAUUCUGAACUUUAGUAACUGCUGUGGUUUCUUUUAUUACAAUAUCGUAUAAUCCACUUCCACCACAAAUCCACCACCAGGUGAAGGGAGGAGAAAUCGACUGGAUUAAACGCACUCUGGCUAUGUGUGGACGAGAAUUACUGCAGUCCAAUUUUGCAGGUGGGAUAGUUAAAACGAGUAUUCUCUAUGCUGCAGAAAAAGCCGACCUCGAGAUGUGCAAGCUUUUGUUACGGUACUGCACUCGCUAGUCUAGAAUUACGUUACCGUUUCUACCAUGAUGAAUGCAGAAGCACUAGUAUACCAAUGCGGUACAGUAUGUGCUAGUCUAGAAGUGACGUGCAAGAUGUGUAUGUGUAUGUGGGGAUCACGACUAUAUUCUAAUUCUUCGAGGAGGUGCAGGUGUAGGUAAUGCUAAUGGUAUUGGUAAGCUGGUACAUUCCAUCUCUCCUCGUUGCAUUCCCCAGGUACGGCGGCCGCGAGCUGCUACAAGUGAAGAAUUUCAAGGGUCGCGACGCGGCUUAUUAUGCAGAAAAAAGUGGUCUCGACCUUUCCAAGGCGUCUAUUGAAGCCACUGUGGACUGUUGGAACCAUAGGAUGCUACAACCGGACGCGAACAAAGCAGAAGGGAAAGGCAGACAAAGCGAAACACUUGAGAUAUGAUGGAAUGAUUGUACUUAACUAUUUAGACUUUUUUCAGUUGAAGUCGUCAGGGAAAUCUUAGGCACCUUGCCGCAUAGAUUCUAACCAUCUGAGUGUGGAUGGAACUAGACCUAGAAGAUCUUUUACGCUGACGAUGACCGACACUGAGUUAUUCAUAAAAAAUGUCCCUAUUCCUACUCAUGGUCUUGCUUCUCUCAUACCGUCCGUCGACACCGAGUCCGCGAGGUCCACGCAGCCCAACGUUGCCCGUGCCACAGCUGCGAGAUGAAACGUCGACUACUUCAGUUAGGAGUAUUCAUUGUCAUUUUUUCGUUCAUCCUUUGAAGUCGCUCUGUAUGAUUAAAUUUAUAUAUAGAUGCGUCUAAGGCUAAGCACUUAAAAUACAACAGCCGGUUCGUUUUUUCCCUCUAUUCUUAGGUGUACUAUCCCUUCAUGCAAUAUAGACGCAUCUACUGUUGCUUGGAAAGGGGAUGCAUCACAGCUAGUAUAUUUCCAGCGCGAGGACUGUGGCGAAUGAAUUACACCUUCUACACAACAACCCGCGUCGGCUUCUAUACCCAUUGAUUACAGCUAUACCCUCUCAUGCUUCUAAUCCAUGUGGUGGUUCGACAACGAGCAGCAAAGGAGUUCCAAGCAAAAGCGCUUCUUCGUCGAAGAGUAGCUCGACUACUACUACGACAUCGUCUUCGAGCAAAAGCACAGCUACUAAGCCCGCUUCAUCGAAACCACCAGUAGGGAAGAGAAAGAGUCAGGUCGGAUAAUUCACUAGUUGUAGCUUUGGUUUUUAGGGCUGGAGGUAAGUAGUAAUUAUAAAUUUGAAUUGGACGUGGAUCAUCACGUGGCUGAUGUUGAAGGUUGAUGUCAAUACCCAGAUCCCGAUAAAGUUGAUUUUGAUUUUGAAAAUGUACAUUAAAAUUUGUAUCGUUAGACUAAUUCAUAAUUGUAGUGUUGCUUGGAGUUGAACGAGGAUAAUCAUUGAUCUUGCGGUAUUGUAACGCUGACUUGUUGUAUAGCUCUUUGAAAAGAUGGAGGAACAAACUCAUGGAAAAUGUACUAUUAACGAAGCAUUGUCUUGUUUCUUUGGCCGUAGAACUCGGGAGCCCGAUACUUCGGUGGCAUCUCAGCUAGCUCCUCGAGUAGUACCUGUCAGGAGGAGCCUAGUACGAGGACCCUCCACAUGUAACAAUAAUAAUAAUUGUCUCGUUGUUUCUUAGUGUCCUCGUUUUCUAUGUGUGGGAUAAUGUAGUGUAGGUACUCUAGUUGAUGUACGAAAAUAGUGGCAUCCAUCACUACGACGUUCAGAAAGUUCAUGUGGCGAAAAAUUUGCACACUUAAGGCGAAUGAAGAUAUUGAGUCGUUAUCUUGGUGACCACAUGAAAGCAUAAAGAUUACCAUGGGUGAGACUACUUUUGAAUCUUCAUGAACAUGAUAGAUUUCCUUGUUUCCAGGAUACGGUUGAUGACAAAAAGUUGACAGACGGUGGAGCAGCAGUUUGUUUUCGAAGAAAUAUCUCUAGUGCAAUUUUAGCGUUUGGAAGUUAGUUCUACCUAAACACGAAAACCAUAUUCACAAAAUAUCAUACAUAUCAUCGCAACAUGGAGUAUUCACCCUUUUGGUUUUGGUAAGAGUCAGUAGCAUAGCACAGUGUUUCGAAUUCGAUAUUUUUCUCAUGAUACCUUUCAGUUUUUUUUGAGCAGAAUACAUAGGAAAUCCCAAAUGACGCGGCGAAAACUCAUGAGUUCAUCCGGGUUGCAUCUUCAAUAUACCGCAUAUUCCCUAGGAUGGACUCAAGAACGCAGACGUGCAGAGUAGAAGAUGGUUCUCCAUUUGACUCUCAGUGAACCCUUUCUUCAAAUAGAAUCGUGACAAGUCUCGCAAAGUCUCGCAGUUCAUGU